AUGGGAAAGAACAGACGUCUACUUAUCGGAUUGCUGCAAUCCAUGACGACGAUGAUGAUUGCUGCGGCAUCCUUAAACAAUCUGACAGACAAGGCUGCACUUUUAACGUUCAAGUCUCGGUUGUUGUUGGAUCCCGGCAGCGUCUUGGCAAAGAAUUGGUCGGAAACGAGCUCUCACUGCAGCUGGGUCGGCGUUUCCUGCGGCCGCCGGCAUGAUAGAGUGAUAGCCUUGGUUCUUCCUAGUAUGGGUCUCAGAGGAACCAUUGCUGGAGACAUAGGAAACCUGUCUUUCCUGGUUUUCUUCGCUAUUAGCGGCAAUAGCUUUUAUGGACAUGUCCCGGAAGAACUUGGCCGGUUGAGGCGGCUGAGGGGUUUGUUCAUGAACGCCAAUCAACUUUCUGGGAACAUUCCGGCGACUUUUGGGUUGUUGACUAAUCUUCGAUUUCUCAACAUGGCUGAAAACCAUCUCACUGGAAAUGUGCCAAGAGAAAUAGGGAACUUAUCAGCCCUUCAACAGUUAUCUCUGCGGUGGAAUAAUCUUACAGGGAAUAUAUGGAGUGAAUUUGAGAACUUAUCAUCACUACAGAUAUUAUCACUUCAUUCGAACAACUUUACUGGUACUAUUCCUGCUUCAAUUGCCAAUUUGUCAAACUUGGACAUGUUUGACAUUGGGCAUAACAGUAUCAAUGGAAAUAUUCCUUCUGAACUUGGGCAAUUACCAAAUCUGAAAGAAAUUUAUCUUAGUUUCAAUAGUUUUGAGGGUGAAUUUCCAAGACCACCGUUGAACAUAUCAGGCUUGCAGACAAUUGCCCUUGUAGGCAAUAGUUUUUCUGGCAAUUUUCCACCAAACCUGGCUUUCAAGCUUCCCAAUAUUGAAGGCAUUUUUCUAGCUAGCAACAACUUCAGUGGAAACAUCCCUCCCUCUAUCUCAAAUGCCUCCAAACUUGUAUAUCUGGAUCUUGGAAGAAAUUUCUUGAGUGGAUAUAUACCUACAACUUUGGGGAAUUUAGAUCAUCUUUUGUUCCUCAACUUGCAGUUCAAUCAAUUGGGAAAUGAUCCAUCAAGUCCUGAGCUAGGCUUUCUUGCUUCCCUGAUAAAAUUGAAGCACCUCCAGACUCUACAGAUAGGAGGCAACCCAUUGAAUGGAACUUUCCCAAGAUUCUUUCCUGAUGGUAAUCUAUCCAUGUCUCUUACGGAAUUUCUUGCGGGUGGGAGUGGCAUUAGAGGCCAAAUUCCUAUUGAAAUUGGCAACCUGACCAAGCUAAUCUGGCUUGGCAUAGAUAAUAAUUAA